AUGCCUUCUGUAACAGAGCUACAGACAGUGCCUCCGAAGACGACGUCGUUGAAGUCGCUGGGCUCAACACCUGAGUCGCUUUCCUUGAAAGACCAUGCAAACGGUAACGCGACUCGUGCCCCUGUCAAAGGCUCGAGCAACUGCCACAUACCAACCGCACCAUCGUACCCAUCCAACUGCCUUAAGUUUCUCCGAACGCUGGAAACCGAGGCGGGCGUUGUCGGUGAUGUGGCUCAGGCUAUCGUUCCUCUAGAUGCUCUUAUUGUGGGUGCUGGGCUUGGUGGUCUGGCAACCGCAGUUGCUCUUGCUAGAAAGGGACACAAAGUGACUGUUUUGGAGCAGGCUACGCUUCUCUCAGAGGUCGGCGCUGGCAUCCAGAUUCCACCUAACUCGAGUAAACUUCUUCAGCGAUGGGGAGUCAUGGAUGUCAUGGCCGAGCAGGCGGUUCGACCAGACGGAAUCUCUUUUCGACGAUGGGAGAACGGCGAGCGCAUUGGGUUUACCGACCUGUCCCAAACCUUUGUAGAGCUCUGUGGCGCUCCGUAUUACGUAGCGCACCGAGCCCAUCUUCACUCUGCACUGUACAAGCGGGCGCUGGACCUUGGAGUCACCGUACGCCUAGACAGCAGGGUUGCCAACUACAAUCCUCUGGCACCAACUGCUACGUUGUGCAACGGUGAAGUCGUCUCUGCAGACAUCAUCAUUGCAGCUGACGGAGUCAAAUCUGUUGCUAGGGAUCUCGUACCGUAUGGCGAGGGACAUGGACCUAAGUACACUGGCUUUGCUGUAUACAGAGCCACGGUCGAUGUCAGUAAAAUGCGAAAGAUUCCCGAAAUCUCAUGGCUUUUGGAAAAGCCGGGUCUCCACGUGUGGAUCGGAGAGGAUCGCCACGUCAUGACCUACACAAUCGCCGCUGGAGAGUCAUUCAAUAUGGUGCUUUCUCAUAGGGACUGUCGAGACCCUUCGACAUGGCAGCAAAAAGGCCAGGCCGAUGUGCUCAAGGAGAUGCGGGCCGAGUUUCAAGGCUGGGACAAUCAACUCACCAAAAUCAUUGAGCUCAUUGACCAAACAAUUAAGUGGCCUCUGAUGGCAGGUGACCCCCUCCAUAACUGGGUUGCGGAGUCCUCUCGGAUGGUCAUUCUCGGCGAUGCCGCCCAUGCCAUGCUUCCAUACAUGUCACAGGGCGCCGCGAUGGCAGUCGAAGAUGGUGCUGCCUUGGCUGUAGCGCUCAGCAACAUCACAAGCCAGGAUCAACUUGGACUUGCUUUGCAGGUAUUCCAGCAGGAAAGAAAACGGCGGACUUCCAUGAUGCAGGAGGCAAGCAUGGUGAAUGCCUUUUUGUGGCAUUUCAAGGAUGGACCUGAACAACGAGCUCGAGAUGCGGCGAUGCAGCCUGAAGUUGAAGGAAGAAGAUUUGCUAGCAGUCCAAAUCAGUGGUCCGAUCCGCUAACGCAGUCAUGGGCAUACGGAUACGAUGCCGAGGUCAUCAUGGAAGAGCAGUGGCGACGGGAGAUGACUCGAACGUCUGAGUGCUCGAGUGAUUAG